ACCUCCAUUCUGCUUUCACUUUAACCCUAAAUGUGAACCGAAAACACGGAUGUGCUAAUCAUUUGCUACCAGGUCUGUCUACUGAAGCAGCAGCACAGGGUGGGCAUGUCACGGAGCUGAAGUUGACUUCUGAGUCAAGAGAAGACUAAAGGCAUGGAGGAUGCGGAUGAAAGCCGGCUGGAGGAACUGUUGAUGUGCCCGGUGUGUCAGGACAUCUUCAGGGACCCCCGUCAGCUGCCCUGUGGACACAGCCAGUGCAUGGACUGCCUGACAAACCUGCUGGACCACUCCACAGACGCACCUUUCCGCUGCCCAGACUGCAGGGCCCAGUUUGGCGCCGUCGUGGAGUUGCAGAAGAGCUACGCGUUGGCCAGCAUCGCAGAGGACUUCAGACUGAGCAAGAGGAGGAGGGAGAAGCAGGCUGAACGCGUGUACUGCGACCGUUGCCCCGAGACGAAAACCCCGGCUUUUAAAUCCUGCCUGAAGUGCGAGGUGUCGCUGUGCAGAGAGCACACCAAGGACCACCUGGAGCUGCGGGCGUUCACGGGACACCCCCUGGUGGAGCCUCUGAGCGACCUGCUGGAGAGGAAGUGCCCACAGCACCAGGACCAGGUGCUCCGCUACUACUGCAGCUCGUCCAGGCGCUACAUCUGCAACGUGUGCGCCCUGCAGGGCAAGCAGCUCAGCGCGGCCUCCGACGCCUCCGCUGUCCUGCGGCGCCAGCUCACCGACUACAUGGAGGAGCACUUUAAAUUACUCCGGGAGCAAAUUACAGAAGCUGCAAAUGCCGCAAACAGCCAGCGCGAAAGACAGAGAGGAAGUGCUCUUGACCGUCUCAACGGCGUCACGGUGGUCCUGCUCUUCCUCUGGUUCAUAGUUCUGUACUACGCCUACAACUACGGCGUGGAAAACCAGACGCUGACGGACGCUCUGGAGAGGCAGCAGAGCCGCGUGCAUCAGAUUUAUUCCAGCAUCGCAGAACACAUGGUCGACUCUCCCCUGAAGAGCCACAGAUCCUCACGAACGCAGGACGAAGGGGCCGUCAUGCUGGACCUGGACACCGCCAGCCGUCUCCUCGGACUCUCCGCAAACCUGCGAUCAGCGGAGAGGGUGAAGGCGGCGCUGCAUUAUCCGGACAGCGCCGGGCGCUUCGACGAAGCCCCGCAGGUGCUCUCCAGCCCGUGCUUCUCCUCCGGCGCCCACGUCUGGGAGGUGGAGGCCGAGGGCUGCUGGGACGUCGCCGUGUCCUACAGGAGCGUCGACAGGAAGAGCCGGGGAGGCAGCACGUUCGGACACAACGCCGAGUCCUGGAGCCUCGCCCACAGCGAGCGGGGCGAGCUGUCGGCCCGCCACGACAAGCACGAGACCGCUCUGUCCGGCUCGCUGCCGAGCGGCAGAAUAGAGGUGGAGGUGAACUUUGAGGAGGGCAGGAUCCGCUUCAGCGCGGCGGACCCCGCCAAGACGCUGCUGCACGAGUUCAAGGCUGAGCUGACGCAGCCCGUGUGUUUGGGUUUGGGCCUGUAUCACGUGGACCCGCCCAGCAGAGCCUCCAUUGUGAAGGUUUCAUGAAGAACACAUGCACAGGGAUGCAAAACGCAGCAAAGGCGGGGGUCACCUCGCUGAAGCCCGGUGGCCAAUCACAGCUCAGGGACAUCUAGUCCAGAACGAGCUGGUUGGUUGUAUGAAUAAACUUGUUUGGGUGUAAGUUUUCA